CCCCGGCCCUCCAAAAGGUGAUGACAAGCUCGAGAUCUGCUUUGCUGAGGCUGCUGUGGACACUGCAGCCGCUAAGGCCGUCUUCCCUCCUGGAUCUUCUGGCGAGUUCAAGAUCGACAUUCCUGUGGCUGCUGUUUGGCCCUACGAACAGGAGACUUAUUUUGGACCUCCUAGCGAGGUCCAAGUCAAGCCAGCUGCUAUCCAGGUUCCAAUUUCGGGAGGCAGCGUCUCGCUUCAGCUGAUGAACAGCAACAAUGAGGUCCGCUUCGCCUUCAAGCUCAAGACCAGCAACAACGAGUACUACCGCGUCAGCUCUGUGUACGUAUUCGUCGACCCCGGCGCUGCUGUCCAAGUCGAAGAUAUCCGCCAGGACGGCCCUCCAGAAGACGACGACAAGCUCGAGAUCUGCUUCGCUGGGGCUCCACCAGAUGCUGGGGACGCCAAGGCCAUCUUCUCUCCUGGAUCUUCUGGCGAGUUCAAGAUCCCAGUGGGUUUGGAGGCCCACUGGACGCCUCACAUGCCGGAGCAGUACUGAUGCGCCCCUUGGCGCCUUCAAGUCGAGCCAGCUGCUAUUCAGGUUCCUACUGCUUGAGGCAAUGUCUUGCUUCAACUGAUGAACGGUAACUCUUAGGUACUUUUCUUUUUUUCUA